UUUGGGUUUUUUUUUUUUUUUUUAUUUUGGUAAGAGAAGGAAAUAGAAUAGAAAUGAUGGUAGCAAAUAGAUUCGAUUUAUGGCAAAAGGAUGCCUUCUUUUCUGCAGCCGAAGAGGUUCAGGAAUCUGCUGAUGUAAUGCAAUCAGCAUAUAGGAUGUGGCUAAGAGAGAAGAAAGAGGAAUCAGAGAUGGGGGAUCUAGAUGAACUGUCUAGAGAACUCCAAACUGCACUAGGUACUGCAAAAUGGCAGUUGGAAGAGUUCGAGAAGGCUGUCAGGUUGAGCCAUGGACAUUGUGUUGAUGAUAUUACAGCAUCUAGGCAUAAACAAUUUGUUGCUGCAAUUGAAAGUCAAAUAUCACAUGUUGAAGCAGCAUUAAGAGAAGCUUUUAAUGAGGAAGGAAAGCCACCUCUUCAAUGGGUGAAUCUGAACCAAGAAGAGCGUGAUGAUUUAGCCUUAUUUCUCUCUGGAACUAUCCAAACUCCAGAAAUUACGAAAGAUGAUUGCUUUACAGUCAGACCACCUGUGAGAAGUCCUUUUACGGAUCACCAUUAUAUGAGAAAAGAUGCAGACCAUAAUCUUAAUGCUACCAGCAGUGGAGGUACUUACGACGAGAAAGAUGUCAACGAUGUUACAACUGAUAAAAAUGGUGAAUUUAUUAUAGAUGUAGAUGAAAAAGGAAGUUCUAGAAUGAGGGAUGAUAUAAUCUGUCAAGCGGAUAGAACAGCUGGGACAAGGAAAACAUGGAGUUCACCAAAUUUUGGUGCUUUGAAGAUUGUAGUUGCUGAUAGAGAUGAACAUACAGAUGGAUCAAUGCCAAGCAUUGAGGCGACACCUAAAGAAAAAGGAUUGAAGCGUCUCUUUUGGAAGCAAAGGUGUGGAGAAUAUUCUCGAGCAAGGGGACCAUUUAAUUUGAUAAAUCAGUUCUUUGGUCAGGUUGGUGGGUUCCAAAGGCAAAUGCAAGCACCCGCUCACUUGCAAUUCAGUUGUUCUGUCCAGCUGACACUGGCAUUAAUGCUAAGUAUUUUUCUGAUUGUGCCUUUUCUAAUUUAUUCAGCUUGAGAAGAAGUGGUCUUUACAACUCAUGAUUAAGUAGAGCGCAUGCUUCUUUUGCAAAUGUUGGGACUAAGACCUGCAAUUCUAGCUCUAUGCUGAUGACGACUUAUUACUGAACCAUGGUGGUACUCACACAUUACUAAACCAAGAUAGUGGAUGAGUUUUUUGAGAUGUUUUUAGUUUCUUUUCCUUCUCUGGUGGUUCUACUGUUUUCAUCAUGUUACCAUAGUUCCAAUUCAGUCUCAAACUUGAAAUGGAAAUGUUCGGUAGAAAACAACUAGCCUUACACUUCUUUUUCACAUCUAUGAGAUGCUGGACUUCAGCUGAAAAAUGAAAUGGAAAAAUCUCCUUGGAAGUAAUAAAUUGAGUCCUUAUACUUCUCAGAAUCUCGAGACUGACAUAACUUGAAUCUCAUCCUUUCCGAAAACUUGGCAUUUGCCAAGAUCUAGUGAUGAGAGGUUUAAGUUGCUGGGGCUGAAGAGGAAGUGGCUGAAAUGGAACAGCCACCAGAACAGGUUCAUGUUUAUGGUUCAUGUGUAUAUAUCUAUUUAAAUUUUUACUAAAAGCCAAAGUCCUAUCGAGGCAUAUUAAGGAAAUAGAAGGGCUAAAAAACUUAAUAAAUUACAAAAAAAAAGAUCUGAAAGUUCCACUCUAUGAGAUAUGGCAUUACAAACUUGUCUUCAUUGAAUUAUAUGAAUAAGUUGAAAAGAAGAUAGUGUGCUGAGCGUAGCUGGUUUGAUUGAUGGCCGUCUCUUGUUUGGUGGAAAUGGGAAGAUAUUGUAUUUGCAACAAUGUUGGUGAUGUUUUAUCUACAGGUACUGAAGCUACUUCUGAAUCGAGAAAAGCGUGCAAGGAGGAUCCGAACGAUUGCUGACAUCAUCCCAUCCAUUAUGUUGGAAUUUGCUUGGCUUCCGGAAACUAGCAACAAGAAUUGGUAUUUGCUUAGAUUGGCAAGCCUCAUAAUUUGUACAUGUAUUCUUGUAGUCUGAAACAUAUAUGGUAGUGUAUAAAAUCCCAUUUGGAAUUGAACGUGAAAUUUAAGACCAGAAAUUUGUAUGGCUCUGAAUUGUAACAAUGGAGGAGUGCUUUUUUGUUAACAGUAAACGUUCAUUAAAUAAUUAAUGCUUCAAAAAAUAUUCACUUGUAUUC